UUAGAGUCAAAUUCCUUUGUUAUAUAGCAACCAUUUUCUAACUUGAUUGUUGCAUUUGGUUUUUGGAUAAAGACAUAUUACUUGUUGCAUUAAACUGGAUUUAAUACGCCAAAAGUUUUCCGGCCGAGGAGUUUUGCACAAAUGACAUCUCAUUUUUUCUCUUUUUGGAUCUCCGUCAUCCAAAUCCAAGUCAAUCAUCCCUUAAUCAGCUCCUCGGCAUACCUUGGUUACCUCUAUCAACCUUCAUCAACAUCCGUCAUGGCUUGAUCUUUAACAGCUGGAUUUUCUUCUUGAUUUUCACUAUUGCAUUUCCUUUCCCAGCAAGCUGUAUUUGGAAGAAUCCAAUGUUUAGCAACACAUGACUUUGUCACAAAGAGUUUCAUCUUUUACGUUUUCACCACGACAAGUAUUAUCGAGCCACAAAGAACAACUGCAUUGAGGGAGGUUUUUCCUGGAACGAGAUGGACGUUUGCAGUCCCUUGAAACCAGAUAGUAAACUAAAGCACAGGCCUUUGUCUCCUCUUAGGGUUGUGAGGGGUAUCUUAUGUUUAGUAGUAUUUCUCUCGACUGCGUUCACAAUUCUUGUGUGUUUUGCUCCCAUAACUGCUCUAUUAUUGCGCCCUUUGAGCAUACAUAUAAGCAGAACAGCAACCUCCUUAUUCUUUGGCAUUUGGCUGGCCUUGUGGCCUUUCCUGUUUGAGAAGAUCAAUGGCACGAAAGUGGUUUUUUCUGGAGACACCGUGCCCCCUAAAGAACGGACUCUCCUCAUUGCCAACCAUAAAACCGAGGUUGAUUGGAUGUACUUGUGGGAUCUUGCAUUGCGAAAAGGGUCUCUUGGACACAUCAAGUAUGUGCUAAAGAGCAGCCUGAUGAAGCUGCCGGUAUUCGGGUGGGGAUUUCACAUUUUAGAGUUCAUUCCUUUGAAAAGGAAGUGGGAAGCUGAUGAACCGGUUAUGCGGAAAAUGCUUUCGUCAUUUGCUGAUCCUGCAGACCCUCUCUGGCUUGCCAUUUUUCCUGAAGGAACUGAUUAUAAUGAAGAAAAAUGCAAAAAGAGUCAGAUAUUUGCUGCUGAAAAUGGACUUCCUGUACUGUCACAUGUGCUACUUCCAAGAACUAAAGGCUUUUGUGCUUGCUUGGAAGCUCUAAGAAGUUCUUUGGAUGCAGUUUAUGACUUGACUAUCACCUACAAGAAUCAAUGCCCUUCGUUUCUAGACAAUGCGUUUGGCGUGGAUCCAUCAGAAGUUCACAUACAUGUUCGGCGAAUCCCGAUUGAAGAGAUCCCUGCUUCUAACGCCGAUGCAGCCUCUUGGUUAACGGAAGCAUUCCUGCUCAAGGACAACUUACUUUCCAAUUUCAGCGAGCAAGGGCAUUUCCCUAAUGAAGGAGGAGAAGAAGAACUUUCUACAUUCAAGUGCUUGGUAAAUUUCAUGUUGGUAAUUUUUUUGACUAUCAUGUUGAUUUACCUAGCCAUUUUUUCAUCCGUCUGGUUUAAAAUAUACAUCGGUUUGUCAUGUGGGUACCUUGCCACAGCUACUUAUUUUAAUUUUCAACCGAUGCCAAUUUUAGACUUUGUUCAAGCAACAUGUGUUUGCAAUAGACCAAGAAUUGAAUAGCAAUUAAAGGAGAAAUAAAAUGUCCAAAUACCAA